AUGCACCCACUCCAACAGGAGAAAAAUCCCCGGAGAAAGGCCGGCUUGAUAUCGCAACUAUUUUUCAUAUGGUUGAUCCCCCUUUUCCAGAAGGGUUUCCGGAAAACUCUUCAGCUUUCCGACUUAUACCGCGUCCUUCCCUCCGACGAGAGCAGACUUUUGGGUGACCAAUUAGAACAAGCAUGGAACAAGGAGCUGGAAAAAUCCGCAAUAUCUCGACAACUUGAAGGGAAAGAGUAUCAACCAAGUCUGACGAAAGCUCUUACCAAAGUAUUUGGACCGUCAUUUGCUGCCUAUGGCGUGUUCGCCUUUUAUGAAGAAUGCAUCGUCAAGAUAUCACAACCCAUCUGCUUUGGAAUUUUACUCCGAUAUUUCCUCAAGCCUGAUGACUUUCCAAGUUAUGCUGGACCUCUACUGGGGGCUGGGGUCGUAUUUCUGUCCAUUUGCUACACCUCGUCCGACCACCCCUUCACAUUUGCGGUGCAACAUUUAGGAAUGAAAAUAAGGAUCAGUCUCUGUUCCCUGAUUUACAGGAAGGCGUUGCGGAUGAGCAUGAGAGCACUGGAGGACACGUCGGCGUCACAUAUAAUAAAUUUCUUGAGUAGUGACAUGGGGCGAUUCGACAUUCUGAUGACAUUUCUCCACUACAUUUGGGUCGCUCCGAUCCAAUUUACGUUGGCUAUUAUAGUUUUGUAUCAGUACUUGAAUAUUGGUUGGCCUUGUUUUUCUGGGAUUGGAUUAAUCCUAAUUUUUGUCCCUUUUCAAGGUUUGAUGGGACGCGUGUACAGCCGACUACGACAAGAAACCGUUGAUAAAACGGAUAGACGACUCCUCAUCAUGGACGAACUGAUUUCGGCGAUGCGAGUCAUCAAAAUGUACGCUUGGGAAUCCGUUUUCACGGAAUCCAUCAGAGACGCCCGACUUGGAGAGAUUGUGGCGCUGAGAAAAGCAAUGUAUUGGAAAGCGUCGACUCAAAGUCUGUUCUACAUUACGUCAAGGAUCACUCUAUUCCUGACUUUGUUGGGUUAUGUGCUUAUCGGAAAUAGUUUAACGGCAGAAAUUGUGUUCGUAUCCCUUGCUUUGUACUACAGUAUUGAAAACGUGAUGAUGAUGUUCUUUCCGGCAGCGGUGAUUUCAUUGGCUGAGACGUCGAUCACGAUUCGAAGAUUUCAGGACUUUCUCCUCCUUCAAGAAAAACCAUUGUUGCCGGGAUGUUACGAGGAUGAAAGUCCGAUUCCAACUUUGGAAGUGGACAAGGAGACGCAGCAACCUGACAACAAACCAGGUGCCGCUCCUCAACAAGAUAAUAAUGCAAGGGAUGGGGGCGAAGGUGACGAAAAUGAUGACAGCGACGACGACGACGAUGACAACGACGAUGACACUGUCGAUUCCUUGGACCCGUCCAGCGUCAGUAGUCAAAAGCCAAAGGUGAAAUCCAAGUUGGGAUUUUUAGAGAAAAUUGUUCAAGAAAAUUUACUCGUGAUGGAGGAGACUACUGACAAUCAUUCCGAGAAAACUCUUCCCCAACCUCCAGCAAAACAUUCGGGCGUGGUUGUGAAAAAUGUGAGCGGUCAAUGGGUCCCCCUCAGCCAUGAUAUGGCCUUCAAUAAUUUUGAUGGGAACCAUGUAGUUUUUGCAAUUUGGGUUUUGUAUGCAGUUGUUGGACCAGUCGGAUCAGGAAAGUCGUCACUUGUCCAAGCAAUUCUAGGAGAACUUCCUAUCUCGUCGGGAGAGCUGGCUGUGAAAGGAUCGGUGGCUUAUACGUCUCAUCCAUGGAUUUUUCCAGGCUCUGUCCGUGAAAAUAUACUCUUUGGUCUUGAAUUUGACUCGGACUGGUACGACCAAGUUAUAGACGCCUGUGCCCUUAGCCUAGAUUUGACUCUCCUCCCGUACGGAGAUCACACGCUGGUUGGUGACAGAGGGGAAACCUUGAGUGGGGGUCAAAAGGCGAGAAUAGGGCUCGCAAGAGCCGUAUAUUCGGACGCGGACGUAUUUCUACUUGAUGAUCCUCUCUGUUCCGUCGACCCCCAGGUGGGACGUCGCCUCAUGAACAAAUGCAUUUUAGGCCUAUUAAAGGACAAAGUUCGAAUUCUAAUCACCCAUCAACUCCAAUAUUUACCCUUCAUGACACGAAUUCUCCUCCUCGUCGACGGAUGGCCCAAGUAUUACGGAGAUUUUGAAACUUUACUUACUUCUGGGAUCCCUUACGCCGGAAUUUUAACUCGAUUACGUAAUGAAAAUUCCGCAUUUACCACGAACGCUGAGCCAUCAAUGAUCCUCCCCGUCAAUAAAGAAUCUUCGGGAGCAAUGUCACAUAAUUUUGACAAGAUUUCGUCCUAUGUUUCUCCAUCUCGGCACGUUUCCAGUGCGACUCUUGUCCUCGACAGCAAUCCAAAGAGUCCACACGGUCCAACUCAUCAAGAAAUAAUUCCAUACGGCGAAGGAAAUAAGAAUUCCCGCUCCGCCACGAUAAUUCCAACGACAACGAAUGUCAACAAUUUGGCAUCCAAACAACCCCCGACCCCCGAGGCGAAUCCCGACCAAGAAGAACCGACCCCAGUGGACGAGGAGCUGGCCAUUGGUCACUUAAAUUCGAAGCUUUAUUGGAGCUACUUCAGUGCGGGGUCGAGUUGUACGGCGCUUUUUAUUCUGAUCGCGUCUCAAUUAGCGUGCCAAGUAAUUUUCACGUGUACCGACUUAUGGCUGCAGUUUUGGAUGGAAGCAGAAGGAAAGAAUAAAAGUGCUAUUCCCGAAGCCCGAAAAAACUUUAAGCAGAAAUUAGAAGGGAGUCGGGACGCUCAGAUAAUAAUUUACGCCAUGUUGAUCAUUCUCCUGUCGAUACUUUCGCUCGCACGGUCACUUAACUUUUAUCGUGUGUGCAUGCAAACCUCGGUGGAACUUCAUGAUCGCCUGUUAAGCGGAGUAUUGAGGUCUCCAAUGUCGUUUUUUGAGACCAAUCCAACCGGUAGAAUCCUGAACAGAUUUGCAAAAGACAUUGGCGUCAUUGACGAAGCUUUACCGACCGUGAGUUUCGACACGAUCGAAAUUACUCUUCAGUUCGUCGGGGUUAUCGUAGUCGUCAGUAUUGGAAGCCCCAUCAUGCUGAUACCCGCGGUCAUCAUGGUCAUUGCUUUCUAUUCCGUGAGGAAAUUUUACUUCAAGACUGGUCGAGCUAUUAAACGUCUCGAGGGGUUGGCAAGAAGUCCGGUAUUUUCGCACAUCAGCACCUCGCUAAAUGGACUCGGGACAAUUCGUGCGUUCGGAUGCGAAGCCAUGUUCCAAAAGCAGUUUGAAUCUUAUCUUGACGUGCAUUCCUCGGUGUGGUAUCUUUUCCUGGCGUCGUCGAGAUGGUUGGGAAUCGUCGUGGAUUGGUUGGCCAUCCUUUUCGUGGCUGCAGUAAUGAUCAAUGCGUUUGUGAGUAAUCAAGAUGACGCCGUUGCGGGAUUGUCGUUAACGAGUGCGAUGAUGUUGACGAGCAUGCUUCAAUGGGGAAUCCGUCAAUCGGCCGAGUUGACCAAUCAAAUGGUUUGUGUGGAACGUGUCAUGGAAUUUUGUGACUUGAAACCGGAAGCUGCCCUUGAAUCAGAGCCUGAAAAUAGACCACCAAGAAGUUGGCCGGAAAAGGGAGAGAUUAGAAUUCAAAAUAUGUCCCUUCGAUAUGGAGACGAUUCGCCAGUGGUUGUUCUGAAAAAUAUCAACUGUAUUAUUUACGGAGGAGAAAAGAUUGGGGUCGUUGGACGAACAGGGGCAGGCAAAAGCUCGCUUUUGUCCGCACUGUUCAGGAUUGUAGAACCGUCGGAAGGGUUUAUUGAGAUUGAUGGAGUCAUAACCAACUCAAUUGGUCUUCACGAUCUUCGCUCAAGACUCUCAAUUAUACCGCAAGAUCCUGUCCUGUUUAUGGGUUCGAUUCGGAAAAAUUUGGACCCAUUUCAUAAAUUUACAGAUUCCAAGGUGUGGGAAGUUCUGAAGGAUGUAAAUCUCGAACAAACCGUGCAAGACAUGCCGCUUGGUAUUUAUUCACAGAUCGCCGAAGGAGGAUUAAAUUUCAGCAUGGGACAAAAGCAAUUAUUCUGCUUGGCUAGAGCUAUUCUUCGAAACAAUCAAAUCCUUGUUCUCGAUGAAGCGACUGCAAAUUGUGACCCCGAGACUGAUGCAUUGAUUCAGAGAACUUUGCGAACUGAUUUUGCCGACUGUACAGUGAUUACCAUUGCCCACAGGUUACACACUAUUAUGGAUUGUGAUAGAAUCAUAGUUAUGGACGCUGGAAAAAUUAUGGAAAUGGAUGAACCAGACGUUCUUUUAAGGAAUCGGAACAGUGCAUUAUAUAAACUUGCUCAAGAAACAGGGAAAUCAGAGGCGGCCAUUGCCAGGAGAAGAGGAAUGGACGAACAAUAA